AUGUCAGAGAAAGCACCACACGUACUUGGCGGGACACGGCCCAACGUGGAUAAACGGUUCCAUUUAGCUGACGAAGACGAAAAUGACGAGAGCCAGCCGACGCCAUCAAUCUACACGUUACAGGCCGAAGACGACGUUCCUGAGGUCACAACCAUGGAGAGUUUGUGCAUGAACUGUCAUGAGGACGGCACGACCAAGCUGCUGCUCACGAUGAUUCCUUACUUUCGAGAGGUGAUUCUCAUGUCGUUUGAAUGCGAACAUUGCGGCUUUAGAAAUAGCGAGGUACAGUUUGGAGGCAAGGUGCAGGAGCAAGGAGCCAGGAUCGAGCUCAAGCUGACACAACCAGAGGAUCUUAAUCGCCAGCUGAUCAAAGGCGAUGCUGGAAUGAUUUAUUUUCCAUCUCUAGACUUUGAGAUUCCUCGUGGAACUCAGCGAGGUAGCAUUAACACUAUCGAAGGUGUACUGCAGAAAGCGAUUGAGGAUCUACGUGCAAGCCAAGAGCACCGUCGUGAGAUCGAUCCUGAAACCACUGAGAAAAUUGAUGAAUUUAUCGCAAAACUCGCACUCAUGUCGGCAGGUAUCACUCUACCAUUCACAUUAAUUUUAGAUGACCCAUCGGGUAAUUCGCACAUUGAAAACCCACUGGCGCCUAUCUCUGACCCUGAGAUGAAAAUUACGCACUAUUAUCGCUCUGAACAGCAAGAUCUGGAUUGUGGACUGCAGCCAGAUUUGUCCCAUGACGCCCCUUCGCAAAGUCCUCGUGUGCUCCCGCACCGAAAUGAAGGUCUGGACAAGUUUGUAGAAGAAGCCAAUAUUGCCAAGAAAGAGGUGAUUCAGAUCCCUGCCGAUUGCUACGCUUGUCAGGCGCCUGGCGUCUCUUGCAUGUGCAUGACGGACAUUCCUCACUUCAAGGAAGUAAUUAUCAUGUCUUUUAACUGUGAAGCUUGUGGCUUCAAAACAAAUGAAGUGAAAGCAGGUGGUGCCAUCCCACCACAAGGCGAACGUAUAACGUUAAAGGUGGACCCGCACAAGGACCCUCAUGUUAUGGAUCGUGAUAUUCUCAAGGCUGACUCGGCAUGUGUAAACAUUCCCGAGAUUGAGCUGGAGAUGGCGCACGGGUCGCUUGGUGGUUUGUACACAACUGUCGAGGGCUUACUCGAUAAAGUUCGCCAGAACAUUGAGGAUGGCAAUCCAUUUGCUGUUGGUGAUAGCGACGGCGGUCGCUCAUUGCUGAACGCUUGGUUGGCUCGCCUGGAUGCUUUGAAGCGCGGUGACGAGCCUUUUACCCUAGUCUUGGAGGACCCGCUAGCUAACUCUUUCAUUUAUUCACCGUUUGGCGCUGCUGAAGACGACCCAUUCAUGACUGCUGAAAAAUUUACGCGUUCAGAAUACGAAGACGACGUUUUAGGUAUUUCAGAUAUGAAGGUAGAGCAUUACUCAGACGAUAAGGGUUUAAUGAGUAUUACUGAGGAGGAUGAGGACAAGUCCUCCGAGCCUAUCCGCAGCGACAAGGAAACCAUGGGCGGUGGCCAAGCGAUCGACCCAUCUAAAUAUCAUCCAAAUCCGGCAGCUGUCAUGGAAGUGCGACAACAGCUCGAGUUGAAAAAAGGUCGACAAUAA